UAACUUUUUCGUUCUUAUUCUAACAAAAUAUAAUAAGAAGCAAAGGGUUUACAGAAUAUGUAACUAAUGGUCCUGACUUUUAGUGAAAAGUACAUGUCUACUUAUCACGCCCCCUCUCACGUGAGGGUUUGAAGAAAAGGAUUUUCAAUGGUGUAUGUUUCUCUGUGCACGAAACUGACCUGACGACCAAUAUCUGAUCAUCAACGACUGUCGUGGGAGUUGCACUGGUUGGUACACAGUAAUUUGCGCACUUACCAUGGACAACGAAGAUCACAUCUCAGAUUAUAACGAUAGAGAACCUUUGCUCGAGAACGGAAGAGUUGAGCGAAGUUCCAGAGAACCAAAAGACCGGUUCAAGUUAGUGUAUUGGAUAAUGUUGCUGCAAGGUAUUGGAACACUGUUACCAUGGAACAUGUUCAUCACCGCCCAUAUGUAUUUCACAAGUAAGCUGAAAAACGAAAAGGAGUUCGUGCACAGUUUUGAAAACUACUUCUCAGUUGCAGCCAUGGUCCCAAAUGUCAUAAUGUUUUUCCUCAACACACUCUUCAAGCACAAAGUGAAGUUACAGACAAGGAUGGUGACUUCGUUGGUGUUGAUGACCUUAUUGUUUGUACUGACUACAGUCCUUGUGAAAAUUAAAACAACUUCAUGGACACGCGAGUUCUUUUACUUGACCAUAGCUACAGUUAUCAUUGUAAACAUGGCAACCGCUGUGUACCAAGGUGGCUUAUUUGGCUUGAGUGGUAUGAUGCCUGCAAAGUACACAGGUGCCGUAAUGACUGGACAAGGGAUUGGUGGAACAUUUGCCGCACUUGCAAGCAUUAUCUUCACUGCAAUAUGGGGCCAGGAUGAUCCGAUCACUGUUGGCUUUGGAUACUUCCUCUCUGCUGUUGUUAUGCUGUUCCUCUGCAUCAUCACAUACAUAUUGCUUCCAUCGCUGAAUUUUGCAAGACAUUUUAUGGGUCAUUCUUCAAGGGAUCAAGUUGACUUUCCACAUAUGCAACAUAAUCAAGGAAGCAGAAUAGCUAACUGGAAUAUUGAUCCCAAGAAACCUGGACGGUUCCAAUCAUCACUCAGCCUGGAUGCCAGUGUGAAUGCCAGCACGGGAACAUAUCUUGGUGUAGAAUUAGAGUCAAGGGAGAUCAAAACCCUGACUGUUGAGAGGCCUCCUUUUUUCUUGAUUUUUAAAAAGAUUGCUCCUGUUGGACUAUCCGUUGCAUUUGUGUUCUUUGUCACACUUGCAGCUUUUCCAUCGCUCACAGCUAAAGUCAAGUCCAAUUACACUGGUGACAAUACACAAUGGACAAGUGUGUAUUUCACCCCUGUCACUUGUUUUCUGUUGUUCAAUGUGGGGGAUUUUAGUGGAAGACUUUUAGCCUCUCUGGCCCAGUUUCCACGACGCGGGAGCAUACUUCUUCCUAUCUUUUGUUUUGUACGGGUGAUCUUCCUGCCGUUGUUCUUCUUCUGUAAUGCCCAACCACGGACUACGCCUGUGUUUUUUGCGGACGAUGGAUAUUACAUAGCGUUCAUGGCAUUGUUUGGGCUCACCAAUGGAUAUCUCGGCAGCCUGUGUAUGAUGUACGGACCAGGUUUGGUGGAACCAAAGCACGCCGAGACUGCGGGAACAAUGAUGGCGUUCCUUCUCAUCAUUGGACUAGCUCUUGGAGCUGGAUUUUCAUUUGUUCUCACAACAGUGCUAUGAUGCAGAUCAUGAAUAUGUGUCCGAAAAGAGGGUCACUUUGAACUCACAUUGAACUCACACUCAGUAUUACAUCACAACACCUUGAACACAUUCAUUAACGCUUGUCUAGAGAGUCCGGGCAGCAUUUUUUUGCUGCCAGGAAUAAGAGAAGAGAAGCUUGCCUUGUGUUAGGUAGCACCUCAAGACUGAGCGGGUUGUCUUGGAGUAGUGGAGUUGUCAAGUAGCAGCUAAUUCUGCCAAGAUCAAGGCUUGAGAAUUCAGCCUUUAUCAGCGCCAGACUUACUAUAGAACACGCAGAGCUUACGGACAAAUCAUUAUGUCCACACAAACAAAACAUCGCUCUAAACCUUUAAAGGACUACAUUUGUUUGAUUAAAUUCUUAUUGCGCUGUCUUAUCCAUUUACAGCGCUUUCCAUUUCUUACCGUUUAUAAUCGCUGUUAAUGAGCAAAGUUACCACGAGGACUUUGCUAUGUUACUACAUUUGUUUGAUUAAAUUCUUAUUGCGCUGUCUUAUCCAUUUACAGCGCUUUCCAUUUCUUACCGUUUAUAAUCGCUGUUAAUGAGCAAAGUUACCACGAGGACUUUGCUAUGUUACAGGUUGCAGAGAUAUUAACAAAUAUAUUAAAUAAAAAUAUCGUUUUUUACA